AUGGGCAACCUCGUCAGCAGCAAGCAGGAAUCGCCUCCGCCGCUGCCUCGCGUCAUCUCGUCUUCGCGCUGGGAGCUCCGAGCGCGCCCAAACGGCCUUGUCUCCGUCGACGACUUUGCGCUGCAGGAGCAGAUCGAGAUCGACACCGAGCUGGACGAGGGCGAGGCGCUGGUCCAGGUGGAGAUGCUCUCGGUCGAUGCCUUUCUGCGCACGAUGCUGGACGAGAAGGCGUACCACGGCGCAAUCUCCCUCGGCGACACGCUCCCCGCCCUCGGCUACGGUCGCGUCAUCGCCUCGGCCUCUCCCAAGGCAAAGCUCGGCGCGUGCACGGUCGCCAAGCUGAGCGCCGAGCAGGCGGCGAUGCUGAUGCCGAUGAUCUCGCUGCCGGGCGUGCCCCCCACCGCCUUUCUCGGCAUCCUCGGGAUCACGAGCGGCAUCACCGCCUGGGUCGGGGUGCACGCCGUCGCACGGCCGCCCCGCCGCGGCGAGACGGCGCUGGUGAGCGGAGCGACGGGCGCGACGGGCAGCGUGGCGGCGCAGCUGGCAAAGGUGGCGG